CCCUUCUAGAUCCAGCAGAGCUCCUCUCGAUCCCCUCCCCUUCCUCCCCGCUGUUGCGAGGUCGCACCCUCCAUGCCAGCCCCUCCCACUCCAGCUGUCGCCCCCAUUCUCUCCAGAUCCAAUCCAAGUCCCCCUCGUCCACCGCCCCCUUCCUCCCGUCACUACACGAACCUCGCCGCCGACCCACCCCUGGUCCUCCCGCCACUUGAGCGCGCCACCCACCGCGUCCACAGAGACUGCCGUGGACCUGCGGUGCACGAGCUGGACGACGGCGGGGGAGGCCAACAACCUGGCGCCAUGGGCCGUCGUGCCGCAGGACUGCGUGUCGCACGUGCACGCAUACCUCACUGGCCCCGCCUACCGCUUCGACCUCGACCUCGUCGCGGGGAGGCCUCCGCCUACGCCCGCGCCGCCGCCGCCACCGGCACCUGGGUCUUCGACAUCGACGAGACGCUGCUCUCCAACCUUCCCUACUACGCGCAGCACGGAUACGGGCUAGAGCUGUUCGACCACCGGGAGUUCGACCGGUGGGUGGAGACGGGGGAGGCGCCGGUGAUCCCCUCCAGCCUCCGCCUCUACAGGGAGGUCCGCGACCUCGGCUUCAAGACCUUCCUGCUCACCAGCCGCAGCGAGGCCCACGAGGGUAGAAAGAGCUGCCGUGGACCUGCUAUCUUGUUAGUCUCAGCAGGUUUCAGUCGACAUCUAGCCGAUUUAAUUUCUGGGUUUGUUUUGUACCUCAACUUGGACUAUAACAUGUUGGUUGCAAACUGGAAUAACCUUGCAGUUUGGUUCCGCAGAGUGGACCAGUUUGACACGAUUGACUUGUCGGACUACGAGAUUGUCAAGCUUGACAACUUCCCUUUCAUGAAUCGCCCAGCGAGCCCGCACCUGAUUACAACUUACAAUGAGAGGGAGCAGGUGACGCCCAGGGAGCUCAGCAUCCGAGUCCCGGCCAUCCUUCGCAGCAAGGACGAGGACGGCGUCAAGGGCUGCCGCGUCGCCGGAGCCGUCAACAACUACACCUCCCAGCUCCUCACCUACGGAUCAUCAUCACAAUCGCCAUCUUGUAAAUCUUCCCGCCAAUAUAACCUGACGGAAGCGCUCUUGUUUCUCUCACAUUUCAUCGGCGACAUCCACAAGAUGCUGGCCUUCAUUCAUGUUUUGUCGUGAGGUCCAGGAUGAACAAGUUGGGAGAAGCAUUGGAGCUAGUUAUACUGUGAUAGCUGUGUUACCUGAUGUGAACAUUUUUUAUUGUAAAACUAAUGUGAACCAUGUUUGGUUUUAAUAAUGUGCCAAGUUUGGCUCUUUUAGAUUGUAUUAAUGA